AGGUAGGACACCAUGGCAAUUGAUGGCAAUGGCCAAGCUGCAGUCAUAGGCUCGGAUGGCUGGUGGCUGUGCUCAGUAGAUUUUGUGUGGAAUGAGAAUGAUUCCUUCGACAUAGAUGCCCUUGGGGCUUUGGGUUUUCCGCGCGAUUGGCCGAAGACAUAUUCCACGAGUGCAGCCCUGAAGUCUCUGAUUGGGAAGCGCGGCCGGGCUGCUGCUAAAAGAGUUGCAGUGGCAGGGCUGCCUACCCCGCAGCAAUUGGCAGAGCUGCCCAAAUUGACCAUGGUGCCAAUGCACAGCUUCCAGAACGCCGAGCGAGCUGCACAGCUUGCCGGGCUCGGUGUGGUUCGGGGCUGGGCGGUCUUUGAGCGCUUGGACCGGGCCGUUGGAGAAGCAUUCGUUGCAGAGAGGUACUGGUGGAACACCAUGCCCGAUGGUACGUGGAUCGAUUUGAGCCCUCGGCCUUCUUCGUGGCCUCAGGUCCUUUUGGUGGAGCCGGUGGAAAACAGCCCAAAGCCUAAAGAGGCUCUGACUCGGGAGACGCUGCACCUGAUGUCCCAGCUCCUGCGCCAGAGGUUUCCAGACUAUGCGCUGCCAAAAUCUCCCCCGGCGGUGCCACAAGAGAAACCGAAAGAGACCGUGAAGAAGCAGUCGGGCUAUGUGGCGGGCAAUGACCGCAAAAGUGGCCAAAAGGCGAGCCUGGACUAUUCCAAGUUUGACAAGAUUGAGGACUCCGAUGAUGAAAAGAUUGUGCCCAAGCCAGCUUUGACACUGCCCAUGGGAUUGCCAAGGGAGGCUGUCUCGAGGCAAGAGUACGACAAUGUUUGGCGAGCACUCAUGCAGGACAAGCAGCUUCCGUACACACCUGCCCCUGAUCUAGAUCAGAUGUGGGGUUAUUACAAGUAUGGUGGCAUGGACGAACAGGCUCUCCUGGACCAGGCGUGUGAAGUGCUGGGCAAGUUUCCUUGCAGACUCGACCCAAAAGAUUGGAAAGGCAAGACCUACAGUCUCACCAAGAAGUUGGAGUUGGAGAGCCGUGAGGAUGAAGCGCGGAUGUGGUCCAUCAUCUGCAUUUUGCGCUUCCCGGACGCUGAUGCUUUCUACAAUCAGGGGGUGCUUCUGAACAAGAUGUGCGACAAGGCCAAGUUUGGUGGUGCCACGGUUGUUAAGCUCCCGGCUUUGGAACAGUCAAAAAUGGUGCCGGUGGAGCAGUAUUGCUCGCUCUUCUCGCGAGCAGCUAUCAGUUACUACCGCCGAUCCCUGAAAGUUGAUCCGAAGCAGAGGCCCGCAUACAUCAAUCUCAUAGGCAGCCUGGAGAGGAAUGAGCCUGCCAAUUGGUAUGAUGAAGUGCAUGAGCUGGCAAUAGCUGCUGUGAGGAAUGGCAUUUGGUACACCAAGUGGCAGCGAAGUCCGCACUUUGUGCCGACGCUGACUGCGAAGCCCUUCCAUGAUGGCCAGGAAUUCGCUUUAGCGCGAGCCUUGGAGGAGAACUACCCGGUGAUCAAAGCAGAGUACGUGGCAUACCGGGAGAAGCUUGCCAACCGCAAGGAUUGGGAUGACUCAGACACAACCCCAGGGCUGGGCGACGUGGGCAACCGAGCCGGUGCCUUGCAUGACGGAGGCCUGAGAAAGUCCGGGAAGUGGCAGGAAGUGCCACUAUUCACCAACUGCACUAUCCAGCGCGAAUACACAGACCUGUUUCCUGAGACCACCCGCAUCUUACAAACCCAGUGCGCGGAUGCAACUGGCCUCGCCUUUUGUGGCGGAGGCGAUGUGAUUUUCAGCGUCCUGACGCCUGGCACGCGGCUGCGGCCCCACUGCGGGCCCAGCAAUGCCCGGCUCACCUGCCACCUGGGCAUCACCGUCCCGCGCAAGCGCGACGGUUGCUUCAUCCGUGUGGCGGCGGAAGAGCCUCGGGGCUGGGAGGAAGGUCGGUGCCUGGUCUUUGACGACUCCUUUGAGCACGAGGUAGUCUUCCAGGAGCCUAAGACCAAUGAGACAUACCCAGGCGAGCGAGUGGUUUUGCUGGCGAACUUCUGGCAUCCGGACUUCAGCUUCAAAAAUGACCCAGAUUGGAGGCAGAGAUCGGACGAGAUGAUGGCUUCGGUAGAUGUGGAGUCCCUUCCGCAAACAGCAAUGAUGAAGACCUGAUCUCUUCUUGGAUUUAAGCUCUUUGCCCUUCAGCUAUGAGCACUGUCUAUGCGGGCUCACAGUUUCGGGGCUAAAGUUGCCAUCUGCAGUCGAGACAGCAGGGUGAACAC